UGCCUGCGGCCGCCGCAUGGAGCGCUGGCUGUCCGAGCGACGCCUGUGGCUGCUGGGGAGCCGCCUGCCGUUGCUGCCGCGCAGGUCGCGCACCUCGUCGCGCCUCAUGGAGCGCUACGAGAAGCUGGCCAAGCUGGGCGAGGGCAGCUACGGGCUGGUGUUCAAGUGCCGCAACAGGGACACGGGUCAGCUGGUGGCCAUCAAGAAGUUCGUCGAAUCUGAGGACGACCCGCUCAUCCGCAAGAUCGCGCUGCGUGAAGUCCGGAUGCUCAAGAGCCUGAAGCACCCGAACCUGGUGAACCUGGUGGAGGUGUUCCGGCGCAAGCGCCGGCUGCACCUGGUGUUCGAGUUCUGCGAGCGCACGCUGCUGGCCGAGUUGGAGCGCCACCCGCAGGGCCUGUCCGAGGCGGAGUCUCGCCAGCUCUCCUUCCAGCUGCUCACCGCCGUCGCCUACUGCCACGCCCAGGGCGCCAUCCACCGCGACAUCAAGCCCGAGAACAUCCUGCUCACCGCCUCGGGCGUCCUCAAGCUCUGCGACUUCGGCUUCGCGAGGCUCACCAAUCCCGGCGAGAGCUACACGGACUAUGUGGCGACGCGCUGGUACCGAGCUCCCGAGCUGCUCGUCGGAGACACGCAGUACGGACCGCCCGUCGACGUCUGGGCCAUUGGUUGCGUAUUCGCCGAGAUGUUGCAGGGGCAGGCGCUGUGGCCCGGUAAAUCUGACGUUGACCAGCUCUAUCUCAUCCGCAAGACGCUCGGUGAGCUGAUUCCUCGGCACCAGAGCGUCUUCCGGACCAGCGAGUUCUUCUGCGGGGUGAAGCUGCCGCCUCCUGAGGCUGGCGAGACGCUGGAGCAGCGCCUCCCCAGCGCCUCCAACACAGCCAUCGACCUGCUCAAGAAAUGCCUGGACAUGGAUCCUGUCAGGAGAUGGAGCUGCGAGCGACUGUUGAAGCACCAGUUCUUCGACAACUUCCACUACGAAAUUCCUCAGGCGGACCUGGAGGAGUUCGAAAAGCUGCGGAAAACACGCGACAGAUCCAGAAACUCGUCGUACGGCGGUACUACAACUCUGCUACCGCACCUUCCCGGCAGCGUCAGUCCGGAACCGCGUGCCGUUGCGGCGCCCGGGGGCGGCGGCGGGGGUGGCGUGGGCGGUCGGCUGCCCACCAUCUGACAGGGCCUGCAGCCCGCGCUGCCGCUGCUGGGCAUCGCCAGGGUGCUGCGGUAGGCGGGGCUGCCGGCGGGGGCGUCGCCGUCGCCUGGCACAGCAGGCGACGCGCUCGUUCGCUCUCGACCAUCGCGUCGGGAUCAAACACCUGGUGGAUUUCAGUGGUACACGUCCAGAACCUUCCGUCCAAUAUCAUAUUGUGCAUAAUGUGUUUAAACGACAAGUGACUGAGAAGUGAACAUACAGCUCGUUAGGAGACGUAGUGUGACGGUUUAAAUUAGUUGGCAUCUGAAGUUUAAAAGUCAAAGUUGUGACACUGUAGCAACAAGUACUGACUGCAGUCAGCCGUCAUAUGGCUGCGCUCUCCGUGGAGGUAAAACGGCCCUUUAAAGCCUUUGUAUACAACGAACCUCACGUAAAAAUCUGUUUACCUUUGAGCGAAGAUCUCUAAGAAUUUCGAAACUCUGUUGUUACCUUUAAUUAGUACAUGUAAGUAGAGAAUGUCCGAAAGAACAGACAUCACACAUCUGUAAACAUAUAGCAUGUACGAAAGAACUGACACAAUUAAUAUUUAAACAUAAAUGCCUUGACGGCCAUUAAUAUCGUUGCCGUGCGGAUGCACUCUCCCCUGAAUUUUUUAGGGAAUCAGCGAAUGGCUGUGAGCAAUGUGUGUGGUGAACUGGGGCACUACGUAAGAAGUAUGCGACAAGUUGGCAAUUUGAGUUAUAUAGGAAGUGUAUUCGGAUAAGCGGGAAAUCCGGUCCAGGUCCGACACAAAUUUUCGUUUGUCGCCGUAUAGUUCAUUUCAAUGCCUGAUUGCCGCCGAUGUGACAAUUUAUAUUUCGUUUCAUAAUGGCUGUAACCUAAUUUUUUCAAAAUGGCUUAAAUAUUCCUAAACGGAAAAUAGCCUCAAGCUUAUCACGUCCCGUCUCGAAAGCUACUAAACUCGCUGUAAUACUUUUAAUGUGAUUACCAAAAAUUUCUCGCUCAACAAUAGACCUUUCCAGAAUUGCAUAUCGCAUUGUCUUUGAUAUACAUAAGUUCCGUAAAACGCCGUAUUUUGAAUUUCUACAGUAGUUAACCUGUAACAUGUACUGAGUUUAAAGUCUCUAUCUCCUGCAAAAAUGACUUAAAAAUUUUGUAGUUCAUGCUUAAUAUAGAACUCUACAGUAUCCCCACUAUGCUCCUCUUUCGACUAUUUUCAUCGCACACCACCAUGUACGUUAAACUACCCCUAAUAGGAAUCUCUUAGUGCAAAUGUUCACUGAGGAUUUGCAUGCAGGUACAAUGCUUAGUGCAGCGGAAGUGGCAACACUUGGGAGCUGGCAAUGCCAGCCUCCCAUUGGUGUAUCGGCGGUGGGAGGAGUCCAGCCCUCUACCUGUCACUUGCCACUAGUUCAGAUCAGACUACACUGGCUUACAAAACUACCUGUUCCAUGCAUUGUGAUUUUCCGUUUCUCCAUCCUUAACGAUGUGCAGCUGGUGAUAUUUUUGAGGUCUAGCGAGAGCUGAUGUGAAGUCAGACACAGCAGUAGAGCUGUGGCUGUCAUUGCCAGUCUGUUAACAGAGGGGAAGAAACCACAUACUAGACUCUGAACAGAAUAGUACUUUCUUAUACACUAUGGAAUAUUAAAGAAUAUUUGAUCCUAGUAUCUACAAAAACUGAUGACGGAACAAAUGUCAGUAUCUGUAGGUGAACUGUGUACCUGCGUGUUUAAGUACAGUAUAGUAGUCCUCUACCAUUUUACUUUAGUGUACUUUGGUAAUGUAAAACACUCAUUAGAUUGGGCUGUUAAUCUUCUCUAUGUAUUUUUAAAGAUUGUAUCGUAAACAGGAACUGGAGAAAAAGUAGUAUUACAUAUGUUAUGCUAUGGUAAAAGAUCGCCGAAUAGAGAUGAAUACGCUGUGAGUUAUGUUAAAAAUAACUGUGUCAUUCUGAAUAGCUGGGCUGAUAGUUAUUAAAUGAGCACUCAUUUAUGUAUGUGACAGCAUGCUUUAAUCUACUUGCUGUCCGAAAUAGCAUAAGUUAUAUAUAACUCAAAGUUACAGUAGUGUUCUCAACUGUGCUAAAAGAAAUAUUAUUCCGUGAAAAUGAUCUGUCAUAAUUUCGACGAGAUACUCUAUUUUAGUAUGGCUGCGAUUUCACUUGUACUCAAAAGACAAAAAGUGAUAUACAGGGUACUCAUUUUGUGAAGUAACACCCACUCAUGAAUGAUACAAUAAAAGGAUAUCUUUUGACACACUUAGUCAAUAACGUCUUUAAGAUAUAACCAUCUUCCAGUACUAUGUGGAUAUGACCUGUUUUAACAAAACAGUAAAACGGAAUAUGCAAAUAAAUGCAGCAAGUGAAUAUAGUCAAACAUGGUAUUUCAGUUGAUGAAAUUAGCAAUGAAGGGUCACUAUGUGAUUAGUUACUGUACACUUUCAUCUGAGGAAUUCUUCUUGAUAAAUACAUCUUGUAUGUAAUGUAAUACUUCUUAUAUCUGUUCAGUUAAUUGGAGUUAGUUUCUGAUUUGGACACAGUUAUCUCACGAUUAUUACAGUUUUAUCGAAUUACUGUAGUAACUACAUCCAUCCAUUACACCAAAGUUUGAUUCCUGCAGUGGGUAUUCACUGGGCAUGAACGACUUGCUGCUAAUUUCUAAGCUGGGAAUCCUGUAAUUUUCUUAUGAAAAUUAAUUAUUUUUGUCAUUAGGUGGUGACGUAUCUUUAGAAAUUGCUUAAAUUUCCGGCUCACAUACAGUUGGAGGUAGCUUGCGCUAUGACUACGUUAUUUACGAACGUCGAACACCUGAGACGGCGUCAGCUAUAACGUAAUCACUACUUCAUAAAUACAUUCAUCACUGUCAUCUACACCAAACACAUAAUAAAAGAUGCGUUUGGAAAUAAAUACUUUGCGAUUUGGAGGAUGAUCCGCUCUUUUGCCGAACUGGAGCCAGCAACACUUCUCCACUCUCUUACUUCCGAAACAUGUAAGGUUAACAUUAUAAAUUAUUUGUGGUCAACAACGAGGUUGGUUCUUAGAGUAAACGCUGGCUUGCUUUACCAGCCUGACACAACGUGCGUAUCCUCCUCUGUUCAUCCCCCAACAUGUUUUGGGACGUUGUGUACUUUUCAGUAUGCAGCUGGUGUAUAAAAACAAUCAUGUCCUUCUACACUCGAUUGUAGUAGACAGAGGAUAUGUAGAAUCAGUUUAUAUUUCUGUAUUAGAGUUUGAUUCUGAUGACCUAUGUGGAAAGUAUACUGUGCAUGAUAAUUUUAGGUUACUGUCAACACAGCGUUAUAAUUUUAUCCGUAAGUCAAUGUUUACAUGUGUGACGUGUGAAUAAUUUCUCUUCACAAAUUACACUACUUGUCUGAUAUCUCACAUAUGUUACUAUAUAGUGUAACGACAGUCGCCGAAAAAAUUCCUGUUAAAAAAUUACAAAGAACUACGAUAGCAGAUAAAUGUGCACAAAUCUAAGUUUCUCCUAGGACUUUAAAAGGUGCCAAACUUCGUUGCCCUAAUUAACGUUUUACGCAACUGAACAAAUUUUUGUUCAGUAACUGGUGAGUAUUAAUAUACUUCUCAAAUACUCUGUUCGGUUGUCUAUAUUUAUGACUUUAGAAAAAAAAUUUGUAAAUUUGUGGUAAGAUCUUAUGGGAAUAAACAUCUUGGAUCAUCGGUCCCUAAGUUUACACACAACCUAACUUAAACUAGAAUGAGAUUUUCACUCUGCAGCGGAGUGUGCGCUGAUACGAAACUUCCUGGCAGAUUAAAACUGUGUGCUGGACCUAGACUAGAACUCGGGACCUUCGACUUUGGCGGGCAAGUGCUCUAAAAUCUGAGCUACACAAGCAUGACCCACGAUCUCUCCUCACAGCUUCAGUUCUGCCAGUACAUCGUCUCCUACUUUCCGAACUUCACAGAAGCUCUUCUUUGAACCUUGAAGAACUAGCACUCCUGGAAGAAAGGAUAUGACGGAGACAUGGCUUAGCCACAGCCUGGGGGAUGUUUCAAGAAUGUUCUUCUGCAAGGUUGCAGAAGAGCUUCUGCGAAGUUUGGAAAGUAGGAGACGAGGUACUGGCAGAAUUGAAGCUGUGAGGACGGGU